AUGGCUCCAGCACGCGUGUGGCUGCUGCUGCCCCUCCUCCUGCUGGCUUCCCUGCCUGCGCACUUGGGUAGGUGCCUCUCCCGCCCCCGUGGAAGGACCUGGGAAAGAUCUUGGUGGUUUUGCAAGUUGCCGAAGAAUCAGGCUUGCUAAGCGGAGUUGGGCAGGAGCGAGCCCUUUGGUCGCAUGGUUGCAUCCGACUCGCCUCAGAAUCAUAGAAUGGUGGAGUUGGAAGGAACCACUAGGAUCAUCUAGUCCAGGGUUUCCCAAACUUGGAUCGCCAGCUGAUAUUGGACUUCCAACUCCCAUCAUCCCUAUCCUUUAGGACCAGUGGUCAGGGGUGUGGGAACUGUAGUCCAAAGACACCUGGAGACCCAAAUUUGGGGAACCCUGAUAAAGCCCAACCACCUGCAAUGCAGGAAUCUCUUGCCCAGCAUGGGGCUCGAAACCACAACGACUGAGCUGACUGUCUGAAAAGCUAACGUGUAUCCUGUAGGUGGGCGGGACGAAACUGACCAGCAGGAAGGGCCGAGUGUUACUUGGAUGUUUCUGUGCACACCUUGAGGUAGCCCUUAGGUGACAGUCUGUCAUGUCCCUGAGAGUGAAAGCAUUUCCAUUUUAGCUGGUGUUGGACUCAUUAUGAACUACUGGAAUGCGGAAACUGGCCGUGGGACCUGAUGGAGACAACUUUUCUAAAGGAUGCUGCUGGUGCUGCACUACAUUUACUUAUUUUGGUGGUGGCAUGUUUCAUUUGCCACCUCCUGUAGAAAAUGUGUGUCAACAUUUAAGCCUUACAAAAUGUGUUGCAUAAAGAAAGAGGAACCAGCUGUACGUUCUUGCAUAUCUUUUUUUUACCAGUUUAGUUCUUGAAAAGAGGCACUUUCAGUGAUGUAAAUGAUAGCCCAUUUUAGGUUCAGAGACCAUAUUAGGAGAGGUGUUGAUUAUGGCAGGCAUUGCUAUAAUUUGCAGGGAGCUUUUGGGGCCCCUGGAUAUUAGAUUUAUUGGUAUUGAUAUGGGGUCCAUUGGCAAGAAUAAUAGCUCCUUGUUUUUGUAGGCAUCCAGCAGAGGUUCAGUUUUUUUAUUCAGACCUAUGCCAUAACUUGUGUUUACCAAAACUAACUUUAAAGUAAAUAGAGAGCCAUUUUUCAAAAUAAAAUUGAUAAUGUUGUAACCCUUUUUUCUUGGAUUUUGACGCAAGAUAUUUAUCUGCCAUUUGUAACCUCUAGGCUAGGCUACUAAGUAUUUGGCAUGGGGAGCACUAUCCUUGGAGAUUUCAUAAGUAUCAGCUAGUGCAGAAUGGGGCAGGCUGUUGAGUUAUCAGGAACAUGUUAGCAACUUGUGUGCCAUUGGCUCCACCUCCAGGUAGCCUUCUAUUGCAGGAUUCACAAUUCAACCUGGAUGGCGUUUGAGCCUGUGUUUGAGGAUCUUAGUGGUUUGGGCCCAAUGUGUCUUAGAGGCCAGGUGCCCUUUAAAACCAGUUCAGGGCCUCCCUUGACUAUGCUGUCAGUGCCACACGUCCAUAAGGCACAUAUUGACUACCUUGAAGUCUGUUUGGAAACCCCCAUUCAUACUGCUAGAUAGCUAUGUUGGACUGGGCAUUAUUUAUUGUAUUGCGUCUCUGUGAUGCCAACCACAGUAGCUCGCAGUCCAUUUUCAGGUCCAGUUCAAGUGCUGUUUUUCACCUUCAAAACCCUUCAUGUCUUAUGGCUGGACUAUUUAAAGGACUGAGUACUUCCCUAGUACUCAUUAAUUCCAUAAAUUAAUAUAUUCAUUGGAGGGUCUCCUGUAGGUGCCCCCAUAUCUAUGGUGAAGCAAGUAGCUACCAGAGAGAAGGCCUUCUGGGUGGGUCUCUGGAAUCUAGUUUAUUUUUCUUUUAGUAGCAGGAAAGAUGCCUCCUAAUUUCCAUGUAGACAUAGUUUUAAUUCUUCUGGUUGUUUUAUUAUGCUCUUACUACUUUGUAGCUUUUAGCUUUACAAUUUUAUUUGCAUUUUGAUUGUGUGUUUGUUUUUUCUAUUUACUUUCUAUAAACCUCCCUGGGAAUAUGGUUGAAGGAUGCUUAAAAAAUACUUAGAGAUAAAGAGAUGUUUUGAGAUGUUUCGCUACAAUUGAGAUGCUCUGGAUGAUACAGUACUGUGAAACUUUCUUCUGGUGGAGUCCUCCGGGUGUGCUGUAACACAUCUGUGUUUAGACUGGCUUUUUGAUUCAGCUAAGCAUUAGAAAUUGGAAGGAGGCUGGGCUGGAGGGUAUUGUCUGAGGUUCUUCCUGGAAGAAAGUACAUUUGACACAAUACUUUUGUUCCACAGAUUCAUUGGCUGUGAUGUCAGUGGACAUGGGUAGUGAAUCUAUGAAGAUCGCCAUUGUGAAGCCUGGGGUGCCAAUGGAAAUUGUCUUAAACAAGUGAGUGGGCUAAAUAUGUGCUGCAAUGAAUGUGACUGUGGCAACAACUGUUUUGGAGGGCUUGACACAUCAUAGAAUUGUAAAGGUGCUCCAAGGUUCAUCUGGUCCAACCGCUUACAGUGCAGGAAUAAAUCCAUGUCUUAGUGGUGCAAUACAGAAAAUACGGGGCAGCUUCCCAUAGGUGUAACUUCCUUUUGCCAUUACUUAUUGUUCCCUAAUCUCAGAUGUGGUUAUUUAGAAGAGACUCCGAUGUGUUUCUCUUCCCUUGUUCCAGUGCUGAAUCCUGGCGUUGAAAACCAGUUCUACAUUUCUCCAAGAAACCCAGAAGUUAGACCCCAGGAAUCUCUGGGGCAGGGCCAUUGUGCAGUGCACCUGCUUUGCUUGUAGGAGGUCGCAUAUUCAGUCCCAGGCAUCUGCUUAAAUUUAUUAGGUACCAGACGAUUGGAACAGUGUGCCUCUGUCUGAGGCCCUGGAGAACCACUGCAGACCUGAGUCAGAAAUAUUGCUUCAGCUAGAUGAAUAAAUAGCCUAGCCUGGUUGUUAGACAACUUCCUAUCUCCCCAGGAAACAGUUCUAGUUUAACUUUUCUUGUUGUUCUAGGGAAUCUCGGAGAAAAACACCGGUGGCUGUAACUCUAAAGGAGAAUGAGCGCCUCUUUGGUGACAAUGCCGUGGGAAUGGUAAGUCCCUCAGAUGUCCACUCACACAUCCCCUCUGCCUUUUCUAUACUUUGUACCAAGAGUAUUUAUUUGCAUACACAGCUUGUUCUUCUGGGGUCCUGUCUCUGCUGCACCUUCCUCUUUACCCUUUCAGCUUCAAUAACAUGUUCCUCCCCACUGAGAUUUGUUGAAGAGACAGUACUACAAGUCCUCUUUGGCAGGUUAGCUCAUGUUCCAGAGAAGGACUUUUCCAGUGCUGGCAUGCGGUGACUUUUUUGGUUUUGGAAACGGAGGCUCCGAAAUGCCACUUUGGGUAUUUUCAGUAGUUGAGUUGUUGAGGGUUUCUGGCGUGUAUGCCUUUUUAAAAGAAAUUUAUGGGGGAUAGGUGAACAUUCCGGAGGAAUCAGCAUGGUUGUGUGUUUUUCCUGUUUUUUUAAUAGGGCAUCAAGAACCCAAAAGUGGCUUUCCGGUAUUUCCAGGAUCUCCUGGGCAAGCGCAUUGAUAACCCACAAGUGACCAUGUACCAGUCACGGUUCCCAGAACAUGAGCUGGUGAAAGAUGCAAGGAGGGAGACAGUCAGUUUCAAGCUGUCAGAGUACGUUUCCACUUUGAGGUUUGCCACGUGGCACUGCUGAGCAAGAAAGGCUGUGGCAUCUUUCUGUAAGCCACUUUGGGACUACUGCGGCAUAGAUUUGGUUGGCCAAAUGCCAUGGUCAACUCGUAUUUGAUAUGUGCCCUGUUAAGGGGCAAGUGGUAUGUGGAAGUGAUGAGGUCCACUCAUGCUCAAAAGAUGCAUUUCACAGCUGGGAUCAGGAAUUUAGAAUUGAUCAUUCUUGUUCUUCCUUGCAGCAAAUUGCAGUAUACUCCAGAAGAGAUCCUGGGCAUGGUGCUCAACUAUUCUCGGGCACUGGCAGAGGAAUUUGCAGGUUAGAAAUGACUCUUGAGUGUUUGAGGCACAAGAGUUGUCUUUCCUUCUUUGGUCAGCAAGCAUAUGAGUAAAAAUGAAGAGGCACCUGAACCAGGAGCUCACACCAUACCUUCUCCUUAUCUUACAGAACAGCCUGUCAAGGAUGCUGUGAUCACUGUCCCUGCCUACUUCAACCAGGCGGAGAGGAGAGCGGUCCUGCAUGCAGCAAAAAUGGCAGAUCUCAAGGUUUUGCAGCUCAUCAAUGAUAACACAGCUGUGGCUUUGAACUAUGGGGUGUUCCGAAGGAAGGACAUCAACGCUACAGCCCAGGUGCUUGUAACUGGAGGGUGUGUGUGGCUCGGGAGGGGGGAGGUUUUUACCCAGGGCUCAAGCUCAUUGUGCCUCUGUAACCUUACCUAGAAAACACAGGGAAUUUGGGCAGGGCAGUCUUCUUGGUCAAUCAGAGCUGCCUGUUUGAAUCCAAACUUUUAUGUGAAUCCAAACUUUUAUGUACCGGUUCCGCAUUCCCCUAAUUCCAGCUAGCCACAUACACAAGUGAGCAGGGCCCACUCACCUGUCAGUCAUCUGAUAUUACUAUGAAAUCUAGUGAGCAACUUAUCCUUUGUAGCAAGGCAAGCUGUGUUACCAAAGCCAAGCCAAGUUUCAAGUUAGUACCUACUGGCCAAUAGGCAGUGACUCCAAACCUGCUUUCUGCAGGUUUGACUACAGAUUGGCUCUGUGACUUGAGCUUCCUCUGGAGAACUUGGUUGCACAUCCAAUCCACUGGGCUUGGAGUCACCAAGGCCACAGGUGGACACUUGAGGCCUGUUAGAGUUCCACAUGCCUGCUUUGUCUGUCAGUUGAUUGACGUGGACAGGAAGCCUCCCUUGCCAAUGCACAAUCUGGAGCAUUCUUCAGGACUCCCAAUAUAGCAUCUUGUCAGCUGCAUCUUUACCUGUCUCCCACCUGACAUCACACAUGACAUCUGGUGUGGGGCUGGUGGGCAUACUUGGCAGAAAACAGCCUCAUGGGCCAAAUUUGGACCCAUAUUAGGUCUAAUUAGGCCUGCAGGCUGGAGGGCUGACCCACCUCUGGACCAGAUGAACAAACAGUCUGACUAUUAUUAUUAUUAUUAUUAUUAUAUAUCCCACCCAUCUAAUUGGGUUGCCCCAGCCACUCUGACAACUUCAUACUCUUGUAUAUAUUUUUAAGCUUGGAGACUGCUGAUCUGACUUCCCACAGACAUUCAUGUACCAUCCUUCAGACUGUGAUACCUCUGUGCCUGCUGUUGCCUGCUGUCUUUAGCAUUGAUUCUUUCUUGAUUUCCAGAAUAUUAUGUUUUAUGACAUGGGAGCAGGCAGCACUGUGUGUACCAUCGUGACUUACCAAGCAGUGAAAACCAAGGAGUCGGGAACCCAGCCUCAGCUUCAGAUUCGGGGUGUUGGGUAAGAGCUUGAUUCUUGGAAUUAAAUUUGCUAGAGAGUCAGGAGAGAGCAGGAUAUCUGAAGUAGAAAGGUCCAAACUGGGAGGCGUAUUGCACAAAGCAGAAUCAAACAAAUUCAUAAUGGAACAUGUUGGCUAGGUCCUAGCUGGAGUCAACAUGCCUCUCCCCCCCCCCUUCUUUUUAUAGUGAUUUCCUGGGAAUGGCAAAUGUGGAGAGUGCUAUUGCAUUUGUUUCCUAUUUGAUGGUUGCCCAUAAGCCACUGUAAGAUUGGGAUGCUGGAUUUGGAUGGACAUGUGGUCUGAUCUGGCUGCAGGGCUCUUGUGGAAGGAUGUUUAGAAAACCAAAAUCCUGGUUUUGGGGUGGGAGGGAAUAGAGAGAUAUCAAGCUUGUUGAAAGGAGUGGUAGCUGGAGAGGUAGUUGCUGGGCUUCUUUGCAAAGGGGCUGCUGGCUUGAGUAGCUGCUUCCACUGCAUACCUCGUCCUCCUCCUCAGAUUUGAUCGCACACUGGGAGGGCUGGAGAUGGAGCUGCGCCUCCGUGACCAUCUGGCCAAACUCUUCAAUCAGCAAAAUCCAUCAAAGGAUGUCCGGAAAAAUCUCCGGGCCAUGGCCAAGCUGCUAAAGGAAGCCAAUCGCGUGAAAACAGUACUAAGUGCCAAUGCUGACCAUGUGGCGCAGGUAGGUUGUGUGUGUAUCAUUUGGUGUGGCAUAGGUGCAUGGAAAAUGCCUAACCUUCGUAGUCUGCUGUAGUCAAUUGUAAGCAGCUAUCUGCUUACAUGUAGAUGAAAAGCUUCUACAUUUCAUUAAGGUCUUAUCCUGUUUUGAAGGCACAGUAGAAGCAGUUUGGUGGCUUCAGAGAGGAAGUGGUGCAUGUGUCUGUGAGAUAAGAUGCUCUUGGUUUCUCUCCCUAGAUCGAGGGCUUGCUGGAUGACAUUGACUUCAAGGCUAAAGUUUCACGGCAGGAAUUGGAGGAGCUGUGCUCAGAUUUGUUCCAGCGGGUUGCAGGACCUGUGCAGCAGGCGGUCACCAGUGCUGAGAUUGGUUUGGUAAGUGAGGAUGGUUUUGUUACAAGGUCUCUCGUUUUCACCAAACAACGUGAAUUCCACAGCGCAGGCCAUGGUGGGAAGCACUUACUGCUCCUUCCAGGCCACCUACAUCUGUGCAAGCAGAACUCUUAGAUUCAGAAAGUGUAACAGAGUUCAAGCUCAGAGAGUCAGACCUUGUUAUCUUUCCCCAAUUCCCAGAAUGAAAUUGACCAGGUGAUCCUUGUUGGUGGUGCCACUCGUGUCCCAAAAGUGCAGGAAUUUCUGCUAAAGGCAGUUGGCAAGUAAGCAUCAGCCCAGUUUUGGUGGUACUUUCCGCCUCCCACCCCUCAAAAUAUUCUCUGUCCAGAGCAGGGUAGCAUCUAAUCAUUCUUCUGUUGACAACACAGGGAUGAGCUGGGCAAGAACAUCAAUGCAGAUGAAGCAGCUGCAAUGGGCGCUGUCUACCAAGCAGCUGCCUUGAGCAAAGCCUUUAAGGUGAAGCCUUUCAUUGUCCGUGAUGCAGCUGUUUUCCCCAUCCAGGUGAGCUGUGGUUCAUUACCAAGUAUCAGAGUGCUGUGGAUUUCAGGGAGAGGGUUGGUAAAAAGCCUGUCUCGGCAUUCUGUCUCAAGUGCUGAUCUUUGUCCCUUAAUGACAAGACGCCUGUUGGCAUGCAAUUGGCUCUCCCGUGUGGUAGAAUCUGGAAGAGGUACAGUCUGUGCUUUAUCCUCUCCUAACCUUAGGUUGAGUUCACCCGUGAGGUAGAAGAGGAGGAUAAAUCCAAGAGCCUUAAGCACAACCGGCGGAUCCUGUUCCAGCGCAUGGCUCCAUAUCCCCAACGGAAGGUCAUCACCUUCAACCGAUACACAGAUGACUUUGAGUUCCAUGUCAACUACGCAGAUAUGGGCUUUCUGGGUGACAGUGACUUGAAGUGAGUGCAGUUGUGGGUCAGCCACAAAAACAGAACAUGUUGGUUCUUACUUUCCUUUCCCCUUUUGUUAUGGUAGUUACAGCUGCCCGGGAAUUUGGUCUAAGGAGGGAAGAAUUGACGGGGUUUGCUUAAAGAACAAAAGCAAAACAUGUCAGAGGGUGGAAUAGCUGGAUAUUACUCUUUAUUGAAAAUUUGAUUGUUUUGAGGAACUCUUGUAUGUGGUAGCUGGAAGUCCCUUUUACUUAUUUUUGUUAUCUUUUUGUUUAUCUUUCUAUUCUGUUAUUAUUUCCUUAAAUAUUCCUUUUCUUUUCUUUUCUUUUGUUUCUGCUUUGGUCUGGUCUUCUAUUGUAUUUUGAAAAGUCCUAAUAAAACCCUUUUUUUAAAAAAGGCUUAACUUGACUCACGUUCUCAGAGUUUAUGAUUCUGCCUGAACUCAGCUUUAUGUCAGUGGCUACGGCUUUGGGAAUUCAAAUUUGUUCUCGGCUGUUUGAACUUGUGCCCUUGCAGCUGAGUAUCCAGGAAUUAAAAUAUCUAUAUUACUGCCCUUCAGUGUUUCUACAAGGUUUUGUGAUUUCUGUGGUAGAGCUAGAGAAUGGGAACAGAAAGGAGGGGUGGCCAGCCACUGUGCUCACCCAUCCCAAUGUGUGUCCUCGUGUGGUUCCUGCAGAGCUUUCGGGUCCUUGAAUCUCACAAGGGUGAAGCUGCAAGGAGUGGGCGAGAGCUUCAAGAAACAUUUGGAUUAUGAGUCCAAAGGCAUCAAGGCUCAUUUCAACAUGGACGAGAGUGGUGUGCUGAGCCUCGAUCGUGUAAGUACCGCUUCAAUGCCCUUCAUCUCUGGCUCACUUGCUGGACCUUCCAAUCUCAUUCUGCUCCGUGUGUUGUCUCCCAGGUAGAAUCUGUGUUUGAGACUCUGGUGGAGGACAAGCCAGAGGAGGAAUCCACGCUAACAAGUGAGUUGGUUGGGUUGCGGCAACAGCUCUUCUCGUACCAUGUAGGCAGUUUGACUUAAUCUGCCCCUUCCCAGUUUUCAGCAUCAUUUUGAGUGGUUGGAAAUGAGACCUUUCCAACUCUUUGCCCCUCAGCUUUCCCAACCAAGCAAGCUGCAGUUGCAAGGACUGGUUCCUUGGGGUGGGGCCUCUCUGUUCUUGGCUACCUUUUGUAAUCCGGUAUGCUGGAGAAACAAGGCAGUGUACACACCAGGACACUUGGCACUCGGAGACAUGGAGGUUUUACAUUCGUUGAGGGUGUUGUAGUUUUUACAGCUGUAGGGGCAGAGGUGACCCAUGCUAUUUUGCCAGCCGACACCCACCCCAAGAGGCUGCCACAUAGAUUAUGAAGGCUUUCACUAAGCAGACACAAAGAUCUGUCCCUUACCACAGAGGGGAUGGUCAGGUGGCAGACAGAAGCUGGGUUUUCUGUGUGUAGAACCCAAACCUUUCUUAAGUAUGUUUCUUCUUUCGAACAGAGCUUGGGAACACCAUCUCUAGUCUCUUUGGAGGAGGGAGCCCUGUGCCAGAAGCACCUGAAAACUUGACUGAGACUGUUCAGGUGAGCUCUGUUCUGUGGAGAACCUGCCAGCAAGAUGCAGGAUUUGAGCCUAAUACAAAUGUCAGCAGGGACUUGAAAAGGGGUACAAAUAUGAAAAAAGAUCAGGGGUGGAUCCUGGUAUUAGUCUCAAGAGUUCUGUGAACCUGUUCAAUGGCACUUUGUUCUUGGCUAAAACCAUAAUACUUAAGAGUCAGAAGGAUUCCGUGACAAGUGUCUGUCGCAGCAGAGCUUGUAGCUGGACCUGCUGGGUCCCUUCAGAGUCAUGCCUGUCUUGGCUGAAGAAGCCUAGCUGCGCAAGGUUCUUAUAACAUCCUUGGGAAUUUCCCCUCUGUUGCCCAGGAGGAAGAGGAGAGCCAAGCGGAAGCGGGUAAGGAGGACCAGAAGGAUGACAAUGGGGCUGCUAGUGAGGAGGAAGAAAGGCAGCCAACGCCAUCCCCAUCUCAGGAAAAAGCUGCUGAAGAUGCUUCAGCUGAGGACCAACAAGAGGAAGGAAGAGAGAAAUCGGACUCCCAGGUGAGCAAGCAGUGAGCAGGGUCACUGAACAGCCUCCCCCCCCCCUUUUAUCCAAUAGGAGACAAAUGAGAAGGCGUCCAUAGGGGUGAAAUUAUUGUGGGGAACAGUACUUUUUCACGUUUCAAAUCCCCUGAACCACUGUUGUCUACUUAUUGGAGAGGGUGGGAAACUUCCUUUUAAGGUCUGGUGCCUAUGGGGUUGUGUGAGAAUUCUCCUGAAAACUUGGCAUCUACAUGGUUCUGAGCAUGGCUGAAUCCAGGGCCAUUACAAAACCUUUUGCUACCUGAAGCAAAUACGGUGGUUUCCACCAACAACAAAUUGUACAUACAAACUCUGACUGGACCAGCAGUUGAAUUUUUUAUUUCAUUGUUGCCAGUGGAAUAAUGCCCUCCACCAACCCUGAGGGCAACAGUAGUUAUGCAGGUACAGAUCUUACAACAGAAAGAUAUGGCCAGGGAACUCGGAAGGAAUGGGGUUGGUAGGUAGCUGUUACCAGAAGUUAGCACUUGAGGUAGUUGCCUCUCUUCCUAAUGGCAGGGCCGGCCCAGCUUAAAUUUAAAAUUAAAGCAAACCUGUCAAAUGUUGGCUCUAGCUGGUGGCUGAAAACAGCCCCCUGUUAGUCCUGGAAUUGCUCCCAUCUAGGAAGCCCAAGAGAAGACAGAUACUGGGAAGGAUGAAGAGCCUACAAAGAGCCCCGAGGGCAAUGGUGCCAAAGCAGCCGAGGAGGAGGAGAAAAAGCUGAAGCCGCCAAAGAAACAAAAGCUGGUGGAAGAGAUUGCAGUUGAGUUGGAUGUGAAUGAUGUGCCAGAGUUGCUGCCAGAAGAAUUGCAGGACUCCAUUAAGAAGUAGGUGGAUCUUCAGGGCUGCCUCUGCCCCCUAGCUGUGGGCUGGGAUGAGACUGCUUGCAGUCAGUACAUGGUGAUGCUUUUUGUCUUCUCCCAUUCAGAGAAGGUGACCUUGGGUACCUUGUUCUUCCCACCUUUUUCUAACAUCAGGUUGCAAGAAUUGACUGAAAGAGACAUAGCAAAGCAUGAGAGGGAAAAGUCAGCCAAUGGCCUUGAGGCCUUCAUCUUUGAGACUCAGGUAGGUCCUGGGAAAAGGAUCAGAGGGCAUAGAUGGCUUUAGCGGGUUCAUCUUGUUGCCGAUGAUCCCACCCCCAUAAAAUUAUUUCUCUGCUGCCGUAUAAAAGUUGCAGCACUAUUGCAAUUUGAGCUGUAAGAAAAUUUGGAAUAGGUCAGGGAGGCUGCCGUGUCGCCUUUGGCUAAAUUUCUGUCAGGAGGACAAGCGAACAAAGCCUAAGACUCCUGUUUGGUGAAUGUUCCCAUAAGUGACAAGAACUUCAGAGAGAUUGAUUUUGUGUGUGUCUUUUUUACCAGGAUAAGCUACAACAGGAGGAGUAUAAGUUUGUUUCAACAGAAGAAGAGCGAGAGGAAAUUUCCAAGAAGCUGAGCGAAGCUUCCAACUGGAUGGAAGAGGAAGGCUAUACAGCCACAACGAAGGUUGGGGCACCACUUUGAACUGAUAAUAUCUUUUUCAGGGGAAACUUCUCUGUAUUGUUAGGCUAAAGAUUCUCAGAGUGUGUUUCAUGUGGGUUAUCUGGACUACAGUAGUGUCUUUCCCUUGCCAAAAGCAUUUUAGAAUUUUUUGCCAGUAUGUUUUGUCAGAAUCAGAAACGGAAGAAGGUGACUUGCUAUGGUUGAUGAGAACAACUUUAAACUUCCUUGACUGCACUGCCUUCUGGGCAAUGGCAAAAUACUUUGUCAUUCAUAGCUGCAAACAUUGUGCGGGAUUCCCGUGGUCUGCAUGUCUGACCAACCUGCAAGUGUCACACUUGGCUUGUGUGUCCUCUUAACUUUGGGACGGGGGUUUGAACUCCCUGGGAACUGGAUGCCCUAAUAAUAGUUUAGCUGUCACUGUGGAGACUCCAGGGCGGAGUUCUAGUGUGUCUCCAGGCAGGCUCAGUUUGUGGAUGUUUAACCCCUACUUCCUGAAUUUCCAAACCAUCAGUAAUCUUUGCAAGAUGAUAUAUGUGUCCAAGGCAGAAUUUUAGUUUUUUAACUUCUAUUCCAAUUCACAGGAGCUGAAAGAGAGGCUCUCUGAACUGAAGAAGCUGUGUCGGAGCCUUUUCUUCCGUGUGGAGGAGAGAAGGAAGUGGCCAGACCGUCUAGCUACCCUAGAAAGCUUGCUCAAUCACUCCAAUAUUUUCCUCAAGUACGAGCAACCAAGAUGUCUUUAGUAGGAGAGGAGGGGACUUGGGUUGGGGCAGAGGGGAUUGCCUCACUUACACUAGCAGCUGAGAUCAGCACUCUCUGGAACCAAAGGGUGUGCAUGGGGAGCUGUGCAAUGCAGCUGUUUAAAUCUCAGCAAGGCAACCAGGAGACAAAGAAGCAGUUCACUUUCAGUGAAACCGUUUUUGGUUGUACCACACAAAAGUUUUAUUUUAAUAAGCCUUGUUCUCAAGCUGAUAGUGGAACUCAUGGAAGAAUAGCAACCGGUUCCAGUGCUGUAGCGUCCUCUUGCUAAAAGUUAUAUAUGAAAAUGGUCUCCAUUUGUGAGAAGUUGAGUUUCUUAGCAUGGAACGCUAAACUCUUACCCAUGAGAGUUGCUUUCCAAAUCUCUGCUACCUUGAAAGGAAGUAAGGGUGCAUAUCAAGGACACAUGUGCAUGCUGUUGUAAGGGUGUGUUGGAGUUUGCUUUUCUUACGGAGGGCUGGUAUUUUACCGUAGUCAUACAUACUGGGGUUUUUUUCCUUUCCUUGAGCAAUAUAUAUUUUUAUGUAGAACUUCGGAGUUGCUGAUUCCAUGUCUUUGUCACCAAAUAGAAAGGAAAAUUGUUUGAGGCAAAAUAAAUUGGCACUCAUGGUCACUGGGGAAAAAAUCCCGCUUUGUAACCAUCUCCCGAAGUUUCACCUGUUGUCCAUCUCACUUGUUAACAUGGUUGUCAAACUUAGCAGUUGAAAUUAGCUAGAAAUGUUCUAGCGUAGAUAUUUCUGUGCUGCAUCCUGUGUCCCAGUUGUCACUUUUCCUAGAAUAGUAAAGCUGAAGGUGUUGUCUUUAGCAGUUGUUGUUGGCUGCACAGGAGCCAGUUACACCAACUAGAGAGCUUUAAUAUAGUGUGAAAACUGCUUCAGGGCAAGAGGGAGACACAUUUCUCAUUCAUUUUUUUCAGGGGCGCUCGCAUGAUCCCGGAGGCUGAUCAGUUAUUCACAGAGGUGGAGCUAAGCACCUUGGAAAAAGUUAUAAACGAGACAACGGUAAGAAGGGUCACAAGAAGUGCAGAAAAUCUUUUCAGUAUCCAAACUAUGUGCAUUCAUGCAUGUGCACGUCUUGUCCCUUCUGCUCUAGGCUCCAAAAGAUACCCCUUUUGGUCUUUUUACUUAGAAUGUUGUGAUUCAGUUCACAGGUAAACCUAAGAAUCCUGCCAAAAUACAGUAAGCCCACAACUUGUGCUCACUUUAUGGAGUGGGGGGUAUGAACGAAUGAAUGGAUGGUUGUAGAAAUAGGGCUCAGCAGAGGCCAGAUGGAGCUUUUAAGCAGUGAUUAUGCACUGAGUAGUGGAGUUGUGUCAGGUCAGAAGGCCAUUGGCACUUGGUAAUGAACAGCACCAAACAAGGCUGGUCUUAUCAGGUGGAGCCUAAGGAUAAUAUGUUUUCCUGGGUUUGUUUGUUUUAGUUGUGGAAGAAUGAGACCCUGGCAGAACAGACCAAGCUGUCGCCCGCCGAGAAGCCUAUUCUGCUUUCCAAAGACAUUGAGCUGAAGAUUGCAGCUCUGGACAGGGAAGUGCAAUACCUCCUCAACAAAGCCAAGUUUUCAAAGAUCAGGCCCCCCAAGAAGAACACCACAAAAACAGAAGCGGGCAAGAACACCACUGUGCCUCCUGAGGGUGAAAAGGUCAUACCUCCCAAAGAUGAGAAUCAAAAAGGUGAGAAGGUCUCGCAGCAGCAUCAGUAGUCUUCUAAUUCCCCUGUUCAUAUUCCCUGGUGUUUGAAACUAGCCCUGUGGAAGACUGCUUGGUGUAAAAGAGGGUCCUCAGUCUUUGCUGCCUCUUCUAGCCUUUGGUUGGUUGCUCCAUGAGAUGUAUUGUAAAUGGUUCAAAUUUUUCUUGGGUGAUGUGGUGUGCAUCCAGUUUGGUCAUUGCACAUACCUCUGCAACUAUGGAUACCUUUUUUUCUCCUUCCAACCAGAUAAACCAGAAGAUGCUAGCCCAGUCAAAGAACCACCCAUAGAAGAAAAAGCACCACUGGAUGAUGAAUUGGGACCAGACUCUGGUAAGGAAUGAAUCAAUUUAUUUCGAUCACUGAGCAGAACUCUGAUAAGGAAAUAUUGGGCUGAGAGAAUUGGAGUUCCCUAGGCCAUGUGAUUGCUUUUUCUUGGGUUCUCCACAUCAUAGUGGGAAUUCAGGAACCUUUUAUUCUGGAGCCAUGCUAUUGUGGGUGCUAUUGUGGGCCUCAAAUUCACAAUGUGAAACAAUGUAAGGAAACAAGUUAUCCAAAUUACUGUUUUAAUAGCCGUAGUCAAUUCAUACAGUUGAUGCUGGGAAACUCCAUGCCACCCUGGGAAUUGGCUGCAAGACAGGGGGAGACGUGGCUGCUUUCAGAAAAGACACUGGGCACUGUGUUGCUCAAGGGGCACCAAGAGCAUUCCCAACAUUCAGGGAGGGAGGAGAAAAGACAGUAAUACAGAGGGAUGAGCUAUUCCCAGACAAGGCUUGCUCUCUCCUCCUUGCCCUGCCAACCCAGGGGAAGGGUGCUCCUGGCAAAAGCUCCUCCCCAAGUGAUCUCAACAGUCCUGAUGGAGGAAGGGGCCUCAAGAGCAUGUGUAGGGAAUUUAAGUGGCACAAAUGUGUGGGUUUAAACUGCCACAAAACUGAUUGAAUUUUUAUGCAGUAUGCAUCUCAAGGAUGGCAAUGUAUCCCCCCCCCCCAAAUUAACCUUUUCUUACUUCCUGUUUACCUCAUCCCUGCACUGCACGAGAGUUGGCACUGGGAACCUUGAAGAACCAAAUCCCUUUGGAACCGUCCAGGGUUAGGGUUGGGAUUUGUAGAGGUAGCAACCCUUUACUUUUCGAUUCCAAAUGCUCUUCCAUCCGCUAAUAUGUUUGAGUCUCAAACCAUGGCUUUAUCUGCCUGCUCUUGCGUUCUAACCCUGCUACCCUGUUGCUGUUGCAGGAAUUUUUCUUACUCUUUGUGUAUCUGAACAUGUUUCCCCGGUACUAUCGUGAUUUGGAAAGUUGUUGUCCAUGCUGCACAGUUUUGAUUCAUUACGGUUUUUCUGCUCUUGCUCUUUUCAGGGCCACAAACUGACAAGAGGUCGGAAACAAGGGAAGACACCAGAACCAAUGAUGAAUUAUAA